AUGCCUUCCUUCGCGUUCUGGAAGAGCAACAAGCCGGAUCCGUCCAAGGCACCACUGCUCAACGAAGAUGCAGCAGCCCAAGACUCUAGUAUGGUUAUCCCUCUGGUAGCCAAAAACCUGGAUCUGAAUCCAGAUGGAGAGGAUUCUGGGGUUUUCCUUUUCGACGAUGACGCCAAGCCAUUGGAGCAUCAACAGGUGUUGGAAGCCGUGCCUCUCAUCGCAACGCCGCCUGCUGAAGAGCGGGAGCCUUUGAUGCAAGAGCCUGAGCGAGAGCUUCAGGUUCCGGUCAAGAACUACUCGAAGAAGCUGAUUCUGGACGACACAGAGGAGGCACCAGCACCGCCACCAAAAUCGUCGCCAUUGAGCCAGCCCCAAGGCACUGCUGCGACAGAGAAACUCGUUUCUCUUGCGAAGGAAGAAACAGCAGCGGUCCAACAUGUCCAGGAAGCCGUUCCACAGCAAGAAAGUCCCGCGCCUUCCCCUUCUACGCACGGCCAAGACAACGCCCUCAAACGGCCAAUAUCUACCGCAACGGCCAGUGCCACGCAAUCCCGCGACCGAGACUCUGGUGUGUAUGUCUCAGACGAUGACAGCCUCCCACCACAGUCCCGACCCACAUCCCUCGCUCUUAACGACUCCCAUCAUCAAUCAAGGAACUCAUCUAUCUCUUUGAAGCAUACCGUAUCGACAUCGACCACUUCACCCCGUCAACGCACGGACUCAAUCGCACGCCUGAAACGGCCUGCAGAGUUGAACCUAGGAACGAACCCCGUAUCCGACUCUUCCAAGCCACGCUCUGAUCUCGAAAAGCGGUACGAUUUGAUCCGCAAUUCGAAGACGCAGUCGAAAGCUGCUCUGCGGUCGCCUACAGCGCUUCUACAGGAACGAUUGAACAUGCCUGCGAAGAAAGAGAAGGUCGAGGAAGAGAAGACGCGUGUAUUCACGCCACCACGGCAGACGACGAACGGAUGCUGGCUGCCGGGUCCAGGCGCGCAAGUUGACGCUUUCACCAGCACAUCAGUUCGUGCGCGGACGGAAGCUGGCAAUCGACCAGCUUGGUGGUGCAAAGUCGACAAACUCGUUGUGUUCGAUGGCAUCGAUGCCGGUAGCGAUGGGGAUGUGAAAAUCCACACUCGCACCAGCAAGGGUCUUAGCAUUGCGCGCAGACGUGGCGAUAUGGAGACGAUCGUUAUUCCGAUGGACUGUGCACAUUGUCAGGAGAUGCUCAAUCGUCAUGAAUGGAAGUAUGACAUGCGCGUGUGCAAGAGGAGUGUGUGUUGGGAUUGCAAGGAGAGGUGCAAGUGGGAGUUGGAACAGGAGAAGUUUGCUUCUGAGCAGACAGCGACCAGAGCGGAUGGCAACAGAUAUCGCGCGGAUAGUGUGCUGCAGGAUGAAGGACAUGAAGAGGAGCAUUUGAUGCAGAAGGUUGGUAUUGAGCAAUAUCGGCCGAUGAGCCCGAUUGAGGCCUUGGGUGGUAUUGAAGAGAGACUAAGGAAGUAG